AUGAUGCUGAAAGGGCUUUUGGGCGCAGAGUUCAGGCUGCCGUGCCGUUCUACACUUUGCAAGCUUCAAGACCAGAUGCUGGAGGAAGUGCAGGCGCGAGUCCUUGCUGACCUGGAGGCCAUCGCAGUACAGGGUUACCCAACUGUCACAAUCAGCACGGAUCUUUGGCAAGGCCCGGAUUCCUUGCAUUUUCAGGCCAUUGUGUGCCACUACAUUGAUUCGUCUUGGUCCCGACAGAAGCGCCUGCUGUACCUGGACCGUCUCAAGACCAGCAAGUCGGCCGAGAGCCAAGUGCAACGCAUCAGAUCCGUGCUGUCCAACCGCAAGAUUCUGGAAGAGUGGCUGUUUGCGGCAAGCUCGGACUGCACAGCUUCUGCCAAAAACGUCAGCUCCCUUUUGGGGGUUCAGACUGCAUUAUGCUCCGCACAUAUCUGCGCUUUAGAGCCAAGGAAGCAGAUAUUUCUGCAAACAAGGCAAGAAGCUGGCGUCCAGGAGCUACGCCCGCAUGAGCGUGCGUCACCCGAAGUCGUUUCCUUUGCGGAGUCCGUCCGGAAGCGUGCCAAGGGGUUCAGAUACAACGAGACGAAGCGCCUGGAGCUGGAAUCUGUGCAGAAGUAUGUUGGGGGCAGAACCAAGCGCGUUGUGCUGGACUCUGCUGCUAAGUGGUCCUCCAGCGUCUCCAUGUUUGACACGGAUUUUCUCUUGAGGACAGCGUAUGCCGAGUUUGCUGUCCGCCAUCCGCAGCGAGCGGAGAUCCCGGAUGACAUGUCUGACUUCCUUGUCAGCCGGGACAUGGCGGGGGUGUUACGCCCUUUUCAGGUGUGCACAGACAUGUUGCAGGCUGGCCGCGCCCCUGCGGCAGUUACGCUGCCCUGUCUGACAGCACUUGUGGCAAACUUGCGCGCUGAUACGGUGCUCAUCGCCACCGACACGCCUGGCCAACUGGAGGCUUUGCCCGCGGCAAGGCUACAACCGCUGGCUCAAGAAUUGAGGCAACGUCUCACGGAGAAUGUUGCUUUGGAGAGCAGGCACAUCGAGGAGCAGCGCAGCUUGCUUCUGAAAUGCUCCUUUCUGGAUCCCCGCUUCAGAGCCAUGCACUUUUGCACCCAAUCCGACAAGGAGGCUACCAUUCAGGCUCUCUACGAGGAGGCGGCCAGGAUCCCGGGUUUCGCGCAUGAGCUUGAGGAAGAGAACUCCGAUCAUGGGCAGCCCGUCUCUGCCAGGGACAUGUUUCUGCAGGCGAUGCAGGGUGACAAGCCCGUGCAGAACGCCAAGCAGCGUCGCAAGGCCCUUCGAGAACAGCUGGCAACCUACGGCCAUGGUGCUAACCUGGCUCUGGAUACCGAGCCUCUGCACUUCUGGCAAGAGCACGCUGACGCGCUGAAGUUCCUCGUCCCGCUGGCCCGGCGCUAUGGGGCAGUGCCGGCAACCACAGCUGAUGCUGAACGAGUCUUCUCCAUGGCCAAGCAUUACUUCACUGAUUCCCGCUUGAGUUCAGAUUCCGUAGACAAGGUGAUGCAGAUAAGUUUGAACCUUCCGGAGCAGGGUUUGUGGCAGGAUGGGGACAUCCACUCUCACUGA